AUGCUCGGUCACGGCCCGCUGCGGCUCGACACUCCCCCGCCCGUGAGGCGAGUUUGCGUAGUCGUGGAGCCCGAGUGCCCCACCUGCCACCGCCGGACCGCUGCCACGCACGCGCAACGCCACCGUCGAACGACGCACGCGGGUGGCCGCACCGCCGCUGCAGCCGUCGCCCCUCCCGCAGCCGUCAAGACGGGCACGCCGCCGCCCACUCGUCGCACAACGGGUCCCCGUGUCCAAGUGUGUGCAGCCUGCCACUACGCUCUCUUUACUAUUCCCGGCAUCCUCUGCCACGCCCGCACGCACCAUGCCGUUGGCACGCGCCUAGCUGUCCCCGUCGCGGGUGGUCGGCCGCAGUCUGUUCUCGCCCGUCCGAUGGGUCACCGCUGCCCCCUAUGCCCCGCUGCCUUUAACGAGCCUGAAGGACUGAAGCGUCGCCAAGCAGCUGAGCGUGGCAUUGGUCAUCCUUCUGACUUUGGGAUAUGGAGCCGGUUGUGGUGCGAGGAGACUCCGAGACACCCGUUGGUGUGCGCGGGAGUUGCGGCACUGCGCACGAAUUGCGCUCUCCGCCCUGGGUCCGUCGUUGGAGCUGGCCCUGGCGUUGUAUUGGCCCGGUUUCUGGUCGCGAUGAUCCAGUGCCGUUCCCGCCAGAGCUCGCGUGUUGCACGUGAGGCAGCCGUGGGAGCCUGUGGGCCUGCGCCUGUGGCCGAUACCGCCGGUGCUCCUCUGGCUGCUUGUUUUCCUGACGCGUGUCAAGGUGACGCGGGCCACAGGCACCGUGGGGACGAGGCCGCCGAAGUAGCGCCGCCGCGGCUACGCGUGGCGCAGCUCCGCCGGUGA